CUAUUUCUUCGCUUCCCUGUCGACCCAACUAUCCAGCCCAUUGUCAAUGACGCAUUAGAUAAACAUAGCAUUUCUCUUAAGAAAAGAAAAAACAGUCGCGAUUGCGCAUGAACUUAGUGGAGGAUUUCUUAGUGUCCAGGACAGCAUAUCAUAAGCUUCCCGGCCGCUUGGGGCUCCAACUACUCAAAGAUCAUCAUGAUGCUUAGUACUGGUGUCGGUGAUAUACUGGCGUGUGCAAGACUUGCUUAUAAGCUCUACCAGGAGCUGUCUGAAACAAAUGGCUUCUUUAGAGAGUACCGGACUAUAUCUUCACGGCUUCUUACUGUCCAUAAAGCCCUACUUCAGGUGGAACAACUCAGGGCGUCUAAUCAGUUGACUCAAUCGACCUUGAAUGCCAUCCGCUUCUUGGCGAGCAAGAUGAGCGAGGCCAUCAAUGGCUUUGUAAACAGAUUAGAAGGUAUUCGUGCAUCUCAAGCUGGAUGGUCUGGAUUGGCACUGAAGGAUAUCUUCUCACCGGGUAAACCAUCAUCAGAGAUGACAGAUGAGAGAUUAUCUAGCAUCCUCCAUUCUAAUCUGUUGUCUUUGAGUAGCCUCUUACGAAUGGCUUGCUACUCCAAUUCUGAUGAUGAUGCUUGGAAAAGUGCAAGUGUCACUCCAAGAUGGAUCGAUGAAAGGACUGAAUUCCCGGGUGUCAGACUCAGCGCAAUGAUCACGGGAAGGGAUACAUGUUGUGCAAGACCUAAAUUCGAAAAGGUCCCCAAACCAAUUGACUUCUUCCGACCUGGGCGGGUGUUUACCGUGGCUAUGCGAGGUUUAUCGACAGCCACAGGAGAUGAAGACAUCGAGUGCACACCUCUUCCCUCAAAAUGGACUCCACUGGACUCCAAUCCAGACCCGUGUGAACGAGAGAAAGAACGACUUACUCGACAAAAGAAGAAUUACGAGGAUAUCAUAAAGCUUCCUUUGAAAGCAAUGUUUCGAUAUGGCGAAUUCCAAGAGGAUGGACAAAUUCAAUGUCAUUUGUGCACUGGUGACAUUCGAUUUCCAAAGAACUUCUGGCUUGACAGACACUUCAGAUUAUAUCAUCAUGAGACGUUUGAAAAUCUGCACGAUGUACUAUCGAGUCUUGACGAAAGGAAAGGUUAUAUAUAUCUAGAUGAGAUGAGCACUGAUCGCCCUGUUCUAUCCGCGUCAGAAGUUGAAGAAAUGACGGAUAACGAAUAUAACCUUCCCACCUGGAAUAUGGACCCCUGGGUAGGAGUCAUCACCAUCCGCCGAUUCGUGGUCGUCCAGCAGGGUACUAAAUCCUGCCUUUGUCUGGGAAUACAUACUUACUCAGGAAGAGGAUGUUCCAACCAACCUGAUCAGGAGCUAUAUGCUAUCCUCCACUUGUCGAAGUACAUCCCCGACCCAUUGCCAGAAGAAGCAAGAAUGACCAGUCAACCUAUUCGCCUUAAAAUUGAGCAGCCAUCAACAGUACUGCCCCGCAGCGCUCGCAUUUACUUCGGCCGCGUCUAUGAAAUCAAACAUGAUGUGGAAUUGAAUAAUGUUGGUUUGGUCCUUGGCUCGUCCAUGAAUAUACUGUCGUCGCAAUUCGAAUCCCAUCGUCCGAUAGAUACUCCGAACUAUCUGGCUUCAUCGCCGGACAAGGAUCAAGCAGGUACUGCUGCAGAUGACAGUCAUACAGACUGAUGUCAAGACUGACAAAUGAGCUGUGACCGCAUUGGAUCGGUCUGUAGUAACGACUAGUCCAUUGGGUAUUAUUGUCAGGUGUCAUCUAAGUGGAAACACAAUCACAUCGUCUCUUCAAAUAAAAG